UGAUCAUGGGCCGUUUUUCGUGCUGCUUUUUUGACUUCCUUUGUUUCUUUUCUGGAAAGACGUGAACAAUGGCUUUGACUCUGGGAUCUUUGCUGCAAGCUAUCUUAUUGAUGGUCAACGCCAUAGCCAUUCUACACGAGCAGAGAUUCUUGGCAAAAGUGGGAUGGGGCAGCGAUGCGGCACAAACCUUCGGCGAACCCACCGUCAAGUCCAAGAUCAUCACGCUUAUAAACUCUGUACGGACGCUACUGAGAGUGCCACUGAUUGGCGUCAACGUCGUCGUGAUUGCGUAUGAAUUAGUGCUAGGGUAACCGGUGUACUCUACAGCGGUAACGCUCUCGUCUCUCUCUCUCUCCCUCCCUCCCUCUCUCGCUCUUUCUCUCUCUCGCUCUCGUCUCUCCCUCUCUUUCUCUCUCUCUGUCUCUCUCUGUCUCUCUCUGUCUCUCUCUCUCUCUCUCUCUCUUUCCCUAGCUGCUAAAGUGUGGCCCUCACAUCUUUUGUAAAUACUAUGUACAAAGUUUGUAAAAAGAAUACUUCAGUAUUUAUUCAUACCCGUUGUUUCUGUGACACGCCAACUAUUUCCAACUUUAAUAGGUGCUUUAAUAUUUUGACUGUGUGUGUGUCUGUGUGUGUCUGUCUGUGUGGGUGGGUGCGUGCGUGUUCGUAUUGAUGAUUUUACCCGUGUCAAUUGUUGCUGCUGUGAAUGCUUUGAUAGUGCACAUUUUGCAGUGCUGUUGCUAUGCACGCUUUCCCCUCAACCUGUACCCAUUGACCAUGAUCGGCUUUGUUUAUCUUUUAAAUACUAGUAGCUGUUUCAUAGUAGCGCGAUUGUCAUGCGGGUAUUUGCAAUGGUUAUCACUCUGUUUACUA